AUGUCAGAAAUUGCAGAAGAUUCCAAGAUUUCUAUUCUUAACAGAAAUGAGAGAAAAGCAAGGGAAAUUAUCCAAAAGUUGGGUUUGAAGCAGAUUCCAGAUAUUAGUAGAGUCACUUUCAGAAAGAAGAACAACCAAAUCUUCGCAAUUGAAAAGCCUGAAGUUUACAAGUCUCACGGUGGUAACUAUGUUGUUUUUGGUGAGGCAAAGGUUGACGAUUUCACCCGUAGAUUGGCCAGAGCUCAACAACAAGCUGCUACUGCUUCUAAGGAUCCACAGUCGAUUCAAGCGGACAUGGUAGCUGCUGCUGCUGCUUCUGAAUCUCAAGAGCCAUCUGCUUCUGCUGCCGCUGGUACUGAAGAAGAAGACGUUGGCCAAGUCGAUGAAUCUGGGUUGGAUGUUGCAGAUAUUGAGUUGGUUAUGCAACAGGCGAAUGUGUCUAGGGAUAAGGCGGUAAAGGCCUUGAGAGAGCACAAUUCUGACAUUGUAAAUGCUAUUAUGUCCCUGUCAAAAUGA